GUCACCGCAGUGUUGCCAGAUCAGAGAGUGGACACGUCAGCUGGCGGGGCACGGAGACUCACGGGCCGCCUCCACCACACAGCCUCCGCCAUACACCACACAAGAGUAUUAUUGAGCCGCUGUGACCGUCAGGAUGGUGCUGCUCGCGGCGGCCGUAUGUACCCGCAGUGGGAAGGCGCUGGUGUCCCGUCAGUUUGUGGAGAUGACCAAGUCGCGCAUUGAGGGACUGUUAGCGGCCUUCCCCAAGCUGAUGACCAGUGGGAGGCAGCACACCUUUGUGGAGACAGAGUCGGUGCGCUACGUGUACCAGCCGCUGGACCGCCUCUACAUGCUGCUCAUCACCACCCGCGCCUCAAACAUCCUCGAGGACCUGGAGACGCUCAGGCUUUUCUCCAGAGUGAUCCCAGAGUACUGUCGCAAUAUGGAGGAAAGCGAGAUACUUGAAAAUUCCUUCCACCUCAUCUUUGCCUUCGACGAGAUCGUGGCGUUGGGCUACAGAGAGUCCGUCAACCUGGCACAGAUCCGGACCUUUGUGGAGAUGGACUCACACGAGGAGAAGGUGUACCGGGCCGUGAGGGAGACACAGGAGAAGGAGGCACGGUACAAGAUGAAGGAGAAGGUGAAGGAGCUGCAGAGGAAACGCCACGAGGAAAUGAAGAGAGGCAGUAAGGGCAGCAGCUAUACAGGCAGCAGUGGUGGUGGAUUUGGAGUGUCUGGUGGUUUUGGCGGCAGCACUGGCAGUUUCCCUAGCCCCACUGAGACCAUCCCCUCGCCUACACAGGAGACUCGGCCCAGCACCAUCAAGCCGGCCGGGCCUAACCGCGCCAUGAAGUUAGGCAGCAAGGCCAAGGAUGUCGACUCCUUCGUGGACCAACUUAAGUCCGAGGGGGAGCGUGUUGUCUCCUCCUCUGAGCCUGCGUCCCCUGUGUCGCCCACCAACACCCCUGCCGUCGAUAUGGAUGUUGUGCACAUCGUGGUGGCAGAGGACCUGGUGGUACAUGCCGGGCGUGAUGGUGGCCUCAAGACAAUGGAAAUUCAGGGUAUUCUUAAGCUGCGCAUCUCAGACCCAGACUAUGGAUACAUCAAGGUUCAGGUUGACAACACAGACACAAGGCCCAUCCAGCUGCAGACUCACCCCAACGUGGACCGGGAGCUGUGGCGUUCGUGUGGCCAGAUUGGCAUGAAGAUGUCCAACAAACCCUUCCCCCACAACACAGACGUGGGUGUGCUCAAGUGGCGCUUCCAGACCAACGAUGAGAAGCACGUGCCUCUCUCUAUCAACUGCUGGCCUCAGGAGAACGGCGCCGGCAGCUGUGACGUCAACAUAGAGUACAACCUUGAGAACCUUGAGCUGGAGCUGAGUGAGGUUGUCAUCACCAUCCCCCUGGCCCCCGGCGCGCCCCCACCGGUCAUCAACGAGUGCGAGGGGGAGCACGAGUACAGCCGUGCCCACUGUGCCCUGGUGUGGCGCAUUCCGGUCAUCGACAAGACAGCCCCCACUGCUGCCAUGGACUUCACAGCUCGAGGCGUCCCUGACAACUUCUUCCCCGUCCGUGUCUCCUUCAGCUCCACCAGAAUGUUUUGUGAUAUCAAGGUGCUGGGAGUGGUGAGCACAUCAGACGGCGCCCCAAUCACCUUCUCCCAAGAGACACAGAUGAAGACCAACGUGUACGAGAUCGACUAGACACGCUCCCCUUCCCUCGUGGCGCACAACUAUUAGAGGACUCAAGUUUAGUUCCCCGGGCCAAGUCUUGUUUAGUGACGCGACUGAGAGGUAGCCAAACCAGCCAGCCAGUCCAUCAGUCAGCCAGUCACACGUCAUCCUUAGCAUCUUUAGAGAACUGGUUAUUAUUUUCGAGGAACUCUCUACAUUCCUUCAUAUCAGACUUGUUUGUUGUUGAUGGUGAGGAUUAUUUUAGUGACUUAUUGGAGCUUUUGUGGUUAACUUAUUCUGUUUAUCUUGUGUUUCCUUGAUGGUUUAGUUGUCAGCCGUCUGUGUGAAGGCAGCCGGGGAAUAGUGUUGUGUUUUGUGGGUCUCUAUGCCGUACUAAAAGGGUUUGUGUCUGCUGCCUGCCCUGCCGCCCACCACCGCUCCUCCCACCAUGCAGUUCUCCGUUAUUGAGUGUUAAAUUACUGCUCUUGUGUGUUUAUUCUAUUGACUCAAGUGGACUUUAUUAUUUUUUGCUUUUCCUUUUUACUUAAGAUUUUAAUUUUUCUUUGGUUUAUUAAUAAAUUUUGUUUUCUCACUAGCUGACUAAAUUUUUCUUUACUUUUCAAAUGGGGUGUACCAGAUUUUUCUUUUCUCUGGUUUACAAAAUUUUUCUUGUUUUCUGGAGUUUGCCAAAGUUUACUACAUUAUCUCCAACAUUUCCCCUUUUUUUUAUUAGAGAAACACAAUUAAACUACUUGCAAAUAAAUGGGGAAAAAUAAUUACACUAUCAGAAAAAUAAAAUUCUUGCCAAAACUGCAGAAUUUAUAUUAAAAACAAACUUUAUAAACAGCAUGGAAACCAGGAUUGUCUUUUGCAUCUUGGGUAAGAGAAGAAUUAAUACAUUGUCCACAUCUGGGUUUCCUUCUCCUCCUCCUUUUCUUCCCUAUCAUUGCCCUGACACUUCCCUCAACCAUGUAUAUGCACAUCAUAUCCUUCCUAUCCAUACCAGACCAGCAAUCCUACAUGGGGCAGCCCAGACAGAGCACCACACACACAUGCACACACUCAGCCCUGUUGGCCCCUGGUGGAAAGAUCACCGCACACACCAUUCACACUCUCAGCCAUGGUGGAAAGGGAGUCUCAUGGACCACCCUCUUGCACCCCAGGAACCUCGGCACACCACAGUAACAGGGAACAGUCUCCUCUUAAUCUUUCCUCCUCCUCUUUUCUUUCUUCAUGUCCUCUCACACUCAUGUAUAUCCAUGUUAUCACAUCCUAUAUAUAAUUCUCCCACAUCAUUCUCAUCACCAGUGUUACCAUCACACACACACACACACACACACACACACGUAAGAGACACUUCUGCCAGUCACUGCGAUCUCUUAUCUGGUGAAAAACAAUUCUGAUCUACUGUGCAAUGUUUGAUUAGGUGUAAGUCAUGAGAGGAGAGAGAGAGAAAGAGUGAGAGCAGGCUGGGUGGCCCUGUGGUGCAUACAGUGUUAUGUCAAUGCCAGAAGGUUGUGAGGUCACUCCUGGCUCCUUGCAAAUGUGUGGUGGGAGAGGUAGCACUGAUUGAUGCCACAACACUUUGCUGUUGUGUCUUUUAACUUACAAAAAGCUACAGACCCUUUCAUACUUUUUAUUUUGAGAGAACUGCAUGUGGUGUGAUACUGUUGGCAAGACCCUUUCGGACUUCCUAUUCUGAGAGAACGGCACCUGGUCAAAUAUUGUCAGCUUAAGAACAAAAGGCAAGACCAUUCCUUCCUUCCUUCCUUCCUAGGUUGAGAGAAUAAAACAGCACCUGCUCUAAUAUUAUCAGCUGGAGUACAAAAAGCAAUGAGCUCUUCCUUCUUUCCUAGGUUGAGAGAACACAGUGGUCUAUUAUCAGCUGGAGCACCACAUGAGCUGCUGGUGUACAAACAAUUAAUUUUAUAAAGAACAAGGCCAGGGUUGGAACACACGUCUUGAACAUGACGUUUUGUAAUUUACACUCUGCGUAAUGAGGCUGAAAAAACAAUUAACAAAGGAUUAACAUCAUUUAUCUGGGACGUGAGUCGUGGCCAUUGUGUGUGUGUGUGUUUCCACCUGACAUUUCUUGGUAACUGAGUAAGAGUAUUCACUGUAGGUAAGUUUGAAUUCAAGAGAGCUGACUGAAGUUUCCCUUAUUUCCAUCUGUUUGAUCCUUUAUACAUGUACAAAUCAAAUCAAGAUGGGUUUGGAUUCCAUGAGACUUUUUAUAACAGAGAGCUUAAGUUAAACUGAUGGCUAGGAAUAUUUGCUCCACUCCAAAAGGGUUUCAAUCUUAACUAGCUUUAUACUGUGAGUGUUAGAACAUUAAACCUUCUUUCAAGCCAGGUUUAGAUUCCAUAUGAAGUUUUAUAACUGAGAACAAAUGUAAACUAAAAAAAAUAUUCACUUCACUUAAAAAAGGCAUCAGUCUUAUCAAACUUGCUUGUAUUUUGAAACACUUCUGCGCCAUACUUUCACUACUUUCAAAAGGCUCUAGUUAAAGUGAAAUGAGUUUUAUGAAUGUUUUUUUAUGGUUCUAGUGAGAGAUUAACAACAUUUCUACAUUAUUAACAGGAGAAAUACCCUAGAGAACCUGGCUAAUCAUCUCUGUGGCCUUGGAAAAUAGUCCUGGUGAGAGAGCAAGGUGUUUCAGAAUGCUGGCCACUGUACUGUAAGUGUCAAAAUAUUCCAAGACAUUUUCAAGACCAGUUUGGAUUCUGUUUGACUCAUCACCAUUGUCAGUUCCCUUAUUUGCAAUCUCGGAGAUCCACAGUACUGUUUGUUGUAAGGGUGAGGAGCUGCUGUACAUAAGUGAAAUCUACGCGUUAGUAAAAGUUUCUAUUUUACAUGCAACGGUGCCACCUGCUCCAUAAUAUAAAGUAAGGCUGCUGUUGUAUUUCUUUGAGUAUUGUUUUCAAUAUAUAUCCCCCUAAAAUAAAGAAGUAAAGUUU